UCAACCUGCUGCCUACCAUUUCUAUCAAGAACUAAGUCAUAUCAUAUCUAUCUAAACCUUCCCUAAACUAUUCGAUCAUUCUACGCAUUGUUCUUCCAACACCUACCUUUGUGUGGAGCUAGAGGUCAGCCGACACAUCGCCAGCAAUCAUCAUCAAAAUGGCGAUACUCUCAACCUCUAACUCUUCAAAUUGUAGCGGUGAAUGGCAAUAUAUCCAUUGCAAGAUCGUCAAAAGCCCGCAAGGGCUGUCGAGCCUUCUCACGAGGCUUUACGGGCCGGGGAAGUUCUCGGUUGAAACAAGGCAAAAUGUAUACUGCAUCAAAGCAGUGGAUUCAUUAGUCCCCCUGGAUCUUGCUCGUCCUGAAGUGAGGGAUUCAUUAAACGGAAAGUUUUGCCCGUAGAUUAUCUCGGUCAUGGUAUUUUUGCUGAGCAUCGAGAUACCACUUUACAACAUGACUUACGAAGAAGCGACGCACGGUUUCCUGGUCGUGUGUGAGAGAGCCUAAAUUUCCCAAUUCCAUAGCUAUGACAGUAACAGAAUUUCCAACAGAUGCAAUCUCACGGUUCAUAUUCCUUGAUCGGGAUGGAGGAUAUGUGGCACAGUAGUAGCAGCUGAUCGCGACGGGAAAGGGUCAAGUACCUAGGCUAAGACAAGUAUCUCGCUAGAAGAUAAAUCAUGUUGCCCUGAUUGCUCGCCUGAUCAAGGCGAUACCUGUGCAUGCAUGAGUGUGCCUAGAAAGACUCACUAACAACCGCUGUGCG